AUGAAAUUAGUAUGCCGUUUAAGACCUUAACCAAAUAAUACAUCUUCAAGUACUGUUAAUUCAAAAAAGGAUGUACGUACCAAUAUCUUUGCUGGUGCAUUAUCUAAUGAAUGUAUAUUAUACACCAUGAUAAGCACCCUAGACAAUUGUUGUAAGUUCACGUAAUGCAAUUUCACAAAAGAUAAUCUUUGAGUAUUUAAAGAAUGAUUCAGACAUUAUGAAACAAAGAUAAUCUAUUAUUGAGAAUUCUGAUCUCUUUUAAUUUGAUUAGGUAUUUGGAGAAAAGGCUAAUCAAUAAUUGGUUUAUGAUUAAGUGAUGGCAACUAAAGUUAACAAUUUGAUAACUGGUUAAUCAGGUUUAUUUCUUAUAGUUGGAGGACCUAAAAGUGGCAAGAAAUACACUCUCAAAGGUGAAGAAAGAGGUUAAGAGAAGGGUUUAGCUGUUAUGAUAGUAGAAAACAUAUUCAAUUUAAUAGAGAGUUCAAAAUAAUUAAGAGGAAAAGGAAAAUUAAACAUCUCUAUAUCUUUGGUAAAUAACAUUGAGGUUAUUGAUUUGAUUGGGUCAUCUAGAAGUUAAACUGUCAAAUUUUCAUAAGUUAAGAGUGCAAGUGAAUUCAAAAAAAUGCUUAAUUAAAGUUUAUUCUAAUAUAAAUAAUAUGUUAAAGAGCAUCCUGAUACAAAAAACAAUCAUAUUUUUGUCAAAUAUUUAAUUGAGUAGGAUAAACAAGAAGUAGCUUAAUUACAUUUAAUUCUCUUCAAUGAUUUGAGAAGAGUUACCUAAGAAGCUAAAGAUUUUCAAGCAAAAUUGAAAUAAUUACUUGUAUCUUUACAAGAUUUUUAAGAAAAAGAGUUGGAAAGCAAAUCUUUAUUGUAAUUAUAUCUUUCUUUGAGAGAAACUAAAUUCAAUAAUAUAACUGUUUUAUUUUGUGUUUCAUAAGUAUAAUAAGACCAUAUCACUGCUUACAUGACUUUAUAGUUUGCAGAAGAUUUGAGAUAAACAAUAAAGCCUUCAACAUAAAGAAUAGCUUUAUCAUAGUUGGAUAAUCAAUCAAUUAAAUCAAAAUCUUAGUUGGGAAGAGACAAUUUAAUUUAAUAAUUUGGAUCAAAGGAAUCUAUUGAUGAAAAAUUUGAUUAGCCAUCUAGAAUUGUGAAGCCAGGUGUAUCUGAUUAAAUCAUGAGAUUUGGAUCUGAUCAAAACAUAAAACCUGGAUUAGAUUAAACAGUUUUACAUUAAUCCAAAAUGAACAGUACAAUAAUGGAGAGAUAACCUAGUAGACAAGAAGCCAAUUUCUCUAAGUAAUUCUAAGAACUUAAAGAUCUUUUGAAAGAAAAGGAAGUAAUGGAGGAUUAUAAGUAAUUCUAGAUUAAUAUAUUAGAGUCUAAAGGUUUGAAAAGGAAUUAAAGAAUCUAUAUGAAGAGAAUUCACGAUUGCAGAACAAGGCUUAUUAAUAAGAAGAUUCAAUAAGAUAGAGAGAUCUUUUAAUUUAAUAAUUGGAAUAACAUAUGGAUGAUAAUAAAAAGAAGAUGGAAGCAGAACAUUAGUUAUUUACUUAAGCAAAAUAAAAAGAGAACAUUUAUGAAUAAAAUCAAGAAGAAUUGAAUGAAGCAUUAGCAUAAUUGAAUCAAUAAUUGAGAUAUGGUAAUGAGGAAUCCUAAUUAUAAAAAUAAAAAAUACGAGUUUUAGAAAAUGAUAUUGAAAAGAUUAAAGAACAAGAAUUAAAAAAUAUGAAACAUUAUGAAAAGAGAGAAGAUGAAUUUAUAAAUUUAAUCUAGUAAGAAUAAGAACGCAAUAAAUAAUUAUAUUAAGAAUUAAAUUAUUUUGCUAUAGAGAUUAAGAAUAGAGAUUAAUAAUUGUAGGCCAAUGAUGAAAAUACUAAAACAUUAAACAAAGUGAUUGAAGAAUAAUCCAAGAGAAUUGAAGAAGAGAAAUAAAAGAAUAAGGAAUUAUGUGAAACUGUAAAUAAUCACAAAUUAAAAUAAGAAGAGGCUAUUAGAGAUAUAAAUUAAAUUGAAUAGAGAUUUACUAGAUUAAAGGUUAAAUUGGAAACAGAAAACCAAUAAUUAAAAUAAGAUAAGGAAAAAUAUUUAUAAAAAUAUAAGGAGAAAUUAAAGAAAUAUAAAACUCAAUUGAAAUAAUUUGAAUAAGAGAAUGGACAGAUGAAGAUUGAAAGAGUUAAAUUAGAGACAGAAAAUGAUUAAUUAUAUGGUAUCUCAAAACAAUUAGAGACAUAAUUGGGUAGAGUGCAUAGUGAAACUACAGAAAGAAUUGGAGGUUCAUAUGAUGCAUAUGAAUAAGAAAAAAUUAGAUAACAAAAUUAUUAGUUAAAUAAUUAAUUAAAAUAAACAGAUUAUGAGGUAAUAUAAUUAUUAGAUAUUUUUAGAUUAAAUAAUUAUCACUAUAAUUAAACAAUGCAAUAUAAUAAUUGGAAUAAACUAAUAUUGAAUAUGAUCGUAUUUUAUAAGAGAAUUAGAAAUUAAAAUAAUUAUUGGAUGAUAAAUAAUCUGAGGCAAAAAAAAAUGAGUUUAUGAUUGAAAAAGUAGUUGAACUUAGUGAUAAAUAAUUAGAUGAUUUAGAAUCAAAGUUCAAUAAAUUAACUGCUUAAAUUAAUUCAUUAUAACAUGAAAAGAAAUCACUAUAAUUAGAAAAUCAGAAUUUAAAGAAUUAAUUAGAAUAAAUGGAUGGAAAUGAUAUAGUCUUAGAAAAGAGAAUAGUAAAAUUAAGAAAAGAGAAUAAGGAUUUAAGUAAUUAAGUUAAAUAGUUAAACUAAAAUAUGAAAGAAAUGAUUGUUGAGAAACAUUCUGAAAUGAGAAAUACAUCAUUACGUUAAAGUAGAUAUAGUAACAAAUUGUUAAGUCAAAAUUAAUCUUAUAGAUCUUAAAGAUUAAUAGAUCAUGAGGAUGAUGAUGUUAUUUGA